AUGUUGCCAGAUUUCACCCUGCUGUCUCUGCUGGAAGUGUUCUUGAGCCGGGAGGUGAAUGCCGUCCCCCAGAGGGCGGGGAAAGACCAGAAGACCGGGUCGUUGCACUCUGAGAAGCGGUCACGCGGCGGCGGCAGCAGUAGCUCCACCUGGAAGGUCCUACGUCGCUCCCGCCGGACCGCUCAGCGCUACUCCGUCAGGGAUGCUCGUCGCGCCCAGCUCUCCACCUCUGACUCGGAUGCCAACUCUGACAACAAGGCCGUCGCCGGUGGCACAGGGGGAGUGCGUAGUCGGCGUUCUCGCGGUUCUACGAUCCGUGUGAGCUGCCAGCAUCACCGUUCGGAGGCUCCCUUGUUACCCUCGCCCCCUGUCCCCCCUCCCGAAAAGACCAUGGCUUUGCCUUUCCCGCUCCUCCCCCAACCCCGGUCGCUGACGGGGUCCCAGACCAGCCUGGACACAGAGACCCUGACUGACCCAGCUGCCAUGUCCAUAUUCAACCGGAUGGAGAACUCUCCCUUCGACCUCUGUCAUGUUCUGCUCUCGCUCCUGGAGAAGGUGUGUAAGUUUGACAUGAGCAUCAACCACAACCCGGGUCUGGCUGUCAGUGUGGUACCGACCCUCACGGAGAUCCUCACUGAGUUUGGAGACUGCUGUGGUCCGGGGGGAGGAGGAGAGGGGGUGGAGGAGCUGGCUGGCGGCUGGACAGAGGAGCCCAUCGCCCUGGUCCAGGUGCUCCUGGGGUGUCUCCAGGCCUCGGCCCCCAAUCCCUUCUUCUUCAGUCAGGCUCUAGAGCUGCUUCAUGAGUUCAUCCAGCAUCGCGGCCUGGAGCUGUUUGAGGCCACCGUUCUGAGGCUAGAAGGGCUGGGCCGCGCCCGGGACUCUGAGGUGGGGGGUGAGGCAGCAGAUCGUCUAAAAGGACUGAUCUCCGGGGUCCUAAAGAUCAUCAGCGCUGUGAAGACGGCCAAGUCAGAGCAACUGCACCAGUCCGUCUGUGCUCGCCGUCGCCACCGCCGCUGUGAGUACUCUCACUUCCUGCAUCAUCACCGCGACCUCUCCGGACUCCCCGUCUCUGCUUUCAAACAGGCCGCCCGCCGCAACCCCUUCGAAGAGACCGAGUCCGAGGGCAAGGAGGGGGUGGGUGACGUGGUGCGUUACCCGGACAGGUGCUGUUGCCUGGCAGCCUGUGCCCACCAGUGUCUCCGUCUGCUCCAGCGCCUGUCCUCCAGUGGGCCGGCGGUGCUCCAGGUCCUAGCUGGCGUCCAGGCCGUGGGGAUCUGCUGCUGCAUGGACCCUCGGUCUGUAGUCGGCCCUCUCCUCCACGCCUUCCAGGCUCCUGGGCUCCGCUCCUACCAGUCCCACAUCCUCUCUGUCCUCUCCCGGCUGAUCCUGGAUCAGCUAGGUGGCGGACAGCCCUCUGAGAAAGCUAAGCUAGCCUCCUGUAACAUCUGUACUCUGGACAGCAGUCAGCUGCCGGGCCUGGAGGAGACGCUCCAGCAGGGGGAGGUCGGAGUGUCAUCCCCCACUUUGAGCUACCGUUCCCAUGGUAUCCUCCCCAGCGGAGGGGGAGCAGAGGAUAUGCUGUGGAAGUGGGAGGCCCUGGAGGCGUACCAGGGGCUGGUGUUCGGGGAGGACCAGACACUCAGCCAACAGGUCGCGGGACACAUGUGUCACCUGAUGUUGAGAGGGAACGCUGUGGUCCAAUGGCAGCUCUACACGCACAUCUUCAACCCUGUACUGCAGAGGGGGGUGGAGCUAGUGCAUCACGCCCAACAACUGGGUGUGUCUACAUCGUGUAGCCAGGUGUGCACCUACCACGUCCAGUGUCUACCUGUAGAGGUGCUACUGGUCUACCUGCAGACACUACCAACCCUGCUCAAGUCCAGGGUGAUCAGGAACCUGUUCCUGUCCUGUAACGGUCUGAACCAGGUGACUGAGCUCAUCUACCUGGACCAGACUCGGGCCUGGGCCCUCAAGGUGUUUGACACGUUAAUACUUGGAGUUGGAGUGGAGCACCAGGUCCAGGAGCAUGCCGAGGCCCAGGAGAGAGAGGCCACGCUCGGCCUGGCUGAUGAGCUGGGGUCCCGUGGGGCUGGAAGUACCGCAGGUCCCAUAGGAGAGGGGGGCCCACAGAGCCUGUCUAAGUUCUACGAGUGUCUAAAAGAGGCGCGGCCAAGGGGCCGGAUUGGUCCAGGGGCAGGAAAGGGGAGGGUCCGUGGAGAGACCCAUCUGAACACCAUCAACCUCUUCCUGUGCGUGGCGUUCCUCUGCGUCAGCAAAGAGGCCGACUCGGACCGUGACUCGGUAAACGACUCGGAGGAUACGUCGGGGUACGACAGUACGGCUUCAGAGCCUCUGGGAGGGAGACUCCCCUGCCUGUCACCUGACAGCGUGGCCCUGCCCUCCAAGGAACAGGUGCGGCGUGCUGCUGACGUGUGGGUGGUGUGUCGAUGGAUCUACCUGGCGAGUCCCGUGUUCCAGAGACAGUUCUACCGGCUAGGAGGACUAGAUGUCUGUUCCCGCCUCAUCACACUGCUCAUCCAGAAACUCACCUCUCACACCACGGAUGGCAAGGCCACGAAGAAGAGUGAUGGGAAGGACAAGACUCACCCUGACGCCUCUGCCACUGCCUCAUCACCAACCUCAUCACCAACCCCAGUGGAGACAGGUUCUACCACCGCCACCCUGGGAGAGAAGGAUCCAGGACAGCACCCAGCUGAAGCUGUGAGCCCAGGGCAGGGAGAGGGUGACGGGACCCAGAAGGAUCCUGCCAGGAGGCUGGAGGAAGAGUGGCCUCUACAGAGCAUCAGAAUGCUGGAGGCCCUGCUUGCUAUCUGCCUGCACAGCGCUAACUCAGGCCUGCAGAGGAUCGAACCUGAGCUUUCAUUCCAGCUCCAGUCAGUGGAGGAGACCCUGUUAGAGGUCAGGGAUCAGCUGUCCCGCUCUGGGGUCGUCAACUCUGAUCUGGCUGUGCCCCUGUUUGACUUCCUGCUCCGUGUGGCCCUGGCCGAGGUCUGCUCCAGUCCCGAACCCCAGGAGGACAAGGCUGAGAGGGUGAGUUUUGACUAGUGGUCAGACUAGGGAGAGAGGAGCAAGGGCUCUGUGUGGUGUGAAGGGGGGCUAACUAGUGGAGGGGGACUAGUGGUCAGGCUAGGGAAGGGGACUAGUGGUCAGGCUAGGGAGGGGGACUAGUGGUCAGGCGAGGGAAGAGGACUAGUGGUCAAGCU